AUGGCUAGCUACACUUCUAUGUUGAUUCUCGUGGCUACAUUGUUGGUGAGCUCCGCCAUUGCUCAAUCUCCGACCAGAUCGCCGGUUUCUUCUCCAACUAAGUCUCCUCAGUCUCCGUCACCAGCGGUGUCUCCUUCCGUGCCUGUGAAGAACGCUCCGUCCCCGUCACCUUCCGCCGUUAACUCUCCACCAUCUCCUCCUCUUACUCCUGCCGUCACUCCCGCUGUCACUCCAUCAGCUAUCUCAUCUCCUCCAUCUGAAGCACCAUCACCUUCCGAAAAUAGUGCCGCUUUCAACAGAUUCACCGUCGCCGGAUCUGCCGCCGUCGUUGUUUUUGCUUCUGCUUUGAUGAUGUAG